GGUGCCCAGAAACCAGCUCCUUUGCAAUGCUGGAGACAGGAGGUCUCUCACCUUCCCUCUGCCUCCUUUCCCUCCUGCUGGCUCUGCAUGGUGCUGAAAGGAGCUAUCCCCCUCCUCGACGCAGGUUUGAGUACAAGCUCAGCUUCAAGGGACCAAGGCUGGCAGUUCCUGGAGCUGGAAUUCCCUUCUGGAGCCACCAUGGAGACGCCAUUCCAGGCCUAGAGGAAGUGCGGCUGGUUCCAUCUAUGAAGAACCGGAGUGGUGCCGUGUGGAGCGAGAUCUCUGUCUCCUUCCCUUCCUGGGAAGUAGAGAUGCAGAUGAGAGUGACAGGACCGGGACGCCGGGGAGCCCUGGGUGUGGCCAUGUGGUACACCAAGGACAGAGAUCAAGUUGGCUCUGUUGUGGAGGGACUGGCCUCAUGGGAUGGCAUUGGGAUCUACUUUGAUUCCUCCUCCAAUGAUGUCCAGAACAGCCCUGCCAUCCGAGUGCUGGCCAGUGAUGGGCAUGACCUCCAGGAGCAGUUUGGGGAUGGAACUGUCCGGGAGCUUGGCUCCUGUCUUAGGGACUUCAGGAACCGGCCACACCCCUUCCGAGCUCGGAUCACCUACUGGAGGCAGAGGCUUCGUGUGUCCUUGAGUGGAGGCCUUACUCCUAAUGACCCUGAAGAGGUCUGUGUCGAUGUGGAGCCCCUGCUUUUAGCCCCUGGAGGCUUUUUUGGGGUCUCAGCAGCCACCAGUACCUUAGCAGAUGACCAUGACGUCCUGUCCUUCCUGACCUUCAGUUUGAGGGACCCAGGUUCAGAGGAAGCCCUCCAGCCAUUCACAGAGAAGGAGCGGUUCCACCUGGCCAGGAAGCUGGAAGAACUGAAGGCAAGGCUGGCCCUGGGUACCAGAGAGGAUACCAUACUACCACUGAACUCCAAAGCCCAGGAAGAAGGGGAAAGGUUCUUUAACCUGGAGGAUACACUGAGCAGACAAAGCCAGAUCCUGCAGGCCCUCCAGGCUCUCUCCAGGCAGAUGGACCAGGCUGAGAAACAGUGGAAACAGCAGUUGGGGUCUGUGGUCCAAAUCCGGCCUGAGGGAGGCUGGAACACUGCCAAGGUCAGCACCCUGCUCCAUGGACAGCGGACUCUGAUCCAGGCUCUGCAAGAGAUGAGGGAAGCAGCUGCCCAGAUGGCUUCAGGAGCACAAGUCUUCUACCUGCCUGUGGGCACUAAACAUCACUUUUUUGAGCUGGACCAGACCCUCGGCCUCCUGCAGAAGGACCUCCGGGAUCUGGUGAAAAUGACAGCCAAGCCUCCCCGCCCAUCUGGCUGGCUCCCAGGAUCCUCCACAUGUCUGCGGACCAGCAUCUUCCUGUUCUUCCUCCUAAUCCAGACUGUAGGCUUCUUCUGCUACAUGAACUUCAGCAGGCAGGAGCUGGACAAGAGGCUUCAGGAGUACCUGUCCACAGAAAUCAUUUCUUUACAGCCUGCAUUACCCAUCCCUAGGACAAUAGGGGUUCUGAGGAGACAGCCUGUCUCCCCCAGCAUGCAAGCCUGACCCAGCUCAAACAUGAGGAAAAAAAAAAAUGGGGGAUAGAGGAUUUAGCCUGUGCCUACACCUUAGCUUUUGGCAUGCCCAUCAUAUUAAAGGUGAUUUUCCUCUUGUUGUA